AUGGCACAAGAGGAACGUCACAUGCAGCAUGAGCUGCUGGUAGUUGUGCUCGGUGAGCACCAGUCGGGCAAGACCUCUGUGAUCGACAAAAUGCUCGGUCUUGGAGAGACUUUGCCCGGGAAAAGAACACUUUUCCGCGAGAGAAGAGAAGGUGAAGUGAGAGGCCGGAGAGUUGCCAUGGUUGACACCCCCGGCUGGUGGAGGAACUACCCGUUGAUCGACACAGCGGAGUUCAUCAAACGGAAGCUUGUGUUAAGUCUGUCUCAGCGUCCGGGGCCUCACGCCUUCAUCUUGACAGUUAUGAUUGAUGUAUCAUUUAGUACGAAAAACCGGACAGCUGUGGAGGAACACCUGGGGCUUUUUGGGGAGAACAUCUGGAAACACACCAUAGUGGUGUUCACCAGAGGAGAGUCUCUGAAGGGUAAAAGCAUAGAGCAGCACAUUGAGAGUGAGGGAGAGGCCCUGAAGUGGCUGGUAGAGAAAUGUGGGAACAGAUAUUGUGUCUUUGACAAGCAGACUAGAGACCAAAACCAGGUCAUUCAGCUGCUGGAUAAGAUAGAGAAGAUUGUAGUAAGUAAUAGUGGCAGACAUUUUGAGCUUGAUGAGAAAACUUUAAGGGAGGUGGAAGAGAAGACAAGAGUUGUGAAGAGGAAGGCACAAGACAGACUAAUGAAGAGGACUGAGCACACCAAAAAUAUGAUGCAGUAUGUGUUACAACUCCUUUUGAAACACAAAUAUUUAUCAUCAGCACAUGUUCUCUCAAUGCCAGAAAUCAGGAUUCUUCUGGUUGGAUGGGUGAGCUCCAGAAAAACCUCUUCUAGAAACACCAUUCUAAACAAAGAAGAGGCUGUCACCAGGAGGACCAUGUCAGCUGAUGUACAAACCGGGGAAGUAGAUGGAUUACAGGUCUCUGUAGUGGACACCCCUGGCUGGUGGAAGUACUUCCCUGCCCAGUCCACUCCUGGAUGGGUGAAGAGACAGCUGCAGAAAAGUCUGACCCUCGGUUCUAAAGCCCCCCAUGCCAUACUCCUGGCAGUUCCAGCCGACACGACGUUCCUAGAGGAACAGAGAAAGAUCACUGAAGACAACAUGAAGAUGUUUGGAGAGCAGGUCUGGAGACACACCGUAGUGCUGUUCACAUGUGGAGACUUGAUGGGAGAGACGACCAUCGAGGAACACAUAGAGAGUGAAGGAGAACCCUUGCAGUGGCUAGUGGAGAAAUGUGGGAACAGAUAUCACGACUUUGACAACAACAACAGAGGAGAUGGGUCCCAGGUUACAGAGCUGCUGGAGAAGAUCAAGGAGAUGGUUGCAGAAAACAGCUCCUACGCUUCUGAUACCCAGCUCUUUGAGGCGAAGGAGACCUCAGGAGAACUAGAAGGGGUGGAUGUGGAGAUGGGAAAUUUGCUGGACAAAGAGUGGAAGAGGAUGGACAGAAAGAUGGAGGAGAAAAUAAAAAAACUCUGGACACAAUCAGUUGACCCGAGCAUGAGAGGAGACAAAAGCGUGGAGCUUCCUCCCUUCUUUAAGGAAACUGAGCCUUCGCAGGAGUCCCAUGAAGGUCCCAAAUCACCAGAAAAGUUGGACACUUCAGAACGUGGUCUUGGGGAGUCGACUUUGAAAUCAGAGGCUGGUGAUGAAAAACCUCAGCAGCUCUCAAGACAGACCAGCGAGGUGCACUCUGACCUCUUGGAGAAGGUGAAGGAGACCCUUGAGCGGGAAUGGGGCAGACGAGAAGCUAUCGCCACGGAGAGAGCUUGGGGGAUGUUCUUAGAGAUGAGCACAGGACAUGGUAAGCCAAAGCUAUGCAGAGCAGAGCAACACAAUAUAAUACCAGUUUGUCAUCUGAACCAGAUGAAAAGGAACGUCGGAACUCGGAAGAGAAGGUCCUAG